AUGUUGGAAUCUUUGGCAGCCAAUCUGUUAAAUAGAUUAUUGGGUGCAUAUGUUGAAAAUUUUGAUCCGAAACAAUUGGAUGUUGGUAUUUGGAGUGGUGAUGUUUUAUUGAAGAAUUUAAAACUUAGAAAUGAUUGUUUAGAUGCUUUGAAUUUGCCGAUCAAUGUUAAAUUUGGUGUCCUAGGUAAUUUGGUAUUGACUGUGCCAUGGUCAAGUUUGAAAAAUAAGCCUGUCAAGAUCAUGAUAGAAGACUGUUAUCUUCUAUGUAAUCCUAGGGAUCCCAGCGAUUAUAAUGAAAAGGAACAGAUUGAAAGGGAAUUUAGAUUGAAACUGAAUAAGUUGGCACAAUGGGAACUAUCAAAUACUGCAAGAUUGAACAACUCGGCUACUGAAAAGGGGAAAGAUGACAAUAAUAAUGAGUCAUUCAUGCAAUCUCUUUUAACAAAAGUUGUAGAUAACUUACAGAUUACUAUUAAAAAUAUUCAUAUUAGAUACGAAGAUGAACAUUGUAUCUUUUCAAAAGAUCCAUGCUCCAUUGGUAUCACUUUAAAUGAAUUGUCUGCUAUAUCGACAGAUUCGGAUUGGAAUCCAAGUUUUAUCUCUAUAGCAACUAAUGUCACUCAUAAAUUAAUGACUCUAAACUCUUUAUGUUUUUAUUGGAACAUACAAAAAGAUUUGUCCAAUUUGAAGUUUGAUAAUUCUACUGACAUCGCUGAAAUUAUUAAUAAUUUUAGAGAUUCGAUAUCUUCCAACGAUAAACUAGUAGAUAAUAAUAAAUACGUAUUGAAGCCAAUUACAGGUACUGGUAGAUUAAGUGUGAAUAAAUUAGGCUCUACAGAAAGUCGUCCCCACAUUGAUUUACAAAUGAUUUAUGACGAAUUUGGUGUAGAAUUAGGAGAUAUUGAAUAUGCAAACUUAUUGCACAUAUUAUCAAGUAUUAAUAUCAACAAUAAGAUAUUCAAAUUUAAAAUUAAUAGACCACAAUUCUCUGUUAGUGAAGAUCCAAAGGCAUGGUUUGCUUAUACCGCUACCACUGUAUUAAAUGAAGUAAAGCAGAAAUAUGAAAUAUGGACAUGGGAACAUAUUAAGAAAAGAUGUGAUCAAAGACGUGAAUAUAUUAGAUUAUGGUUGCAAAAAUUGAAAUUGCCAAAUUUGAAUAAUCCAUUACCGGAUGAAAAAAAUCAAAAGGCUUUGGAUCAACUAGAACAUGAUUUACAAUACGAAGAUAUUAUUCUUUUCAGAUCUAUAGCAAGAAAAAUGUAUAUUCAAUUAUUAAAGGAAUCAUCAAGAGACAAUACCCCAACUCCGCAAGCAGCACAGAACUCUGCAUCAACUUGGUUUUCAUCAUUUUGGACAGGUAAAAGUGAUAAUACAAAAGAAUUACAAAUGACUGAUGAACAAAGAAAAGAAUUAUAUGAAGCAAUUGAAUUUACAGAAAACGACACUGUAAUCAAUAAUAUUCAAAUUCCGAAAGAAACAGUAACUUUUAGAGUAACAAGUUUUUUAAAGAAAGGUUCAUUCUGUAUUACUAAAAGAGAACAAAAUAUGAAACUAGGUGAAAUGAUAUUUGAAGAAUGUUAUUUUGAAUUUUUACAACGUCCAGAAUCUCAUAUGACAUCUUUCAAAUUACAAAAAUUUAUUUUUGAAGAUGGUUCUCCAAAUACACUAUACAAGCAUAUUAUUAGUGUUAAAAAUUUGAAUGGAAAUGAAGAAGUUACCAAUUCGACAAAAAUUCAUCCAUUGUUUGAGGCGUUUUAUGAAGAUAAUCCCUUGGAUGGUUCUGCCGAUUCUAAGAUAGGUGUCAAGUUAAGAGGUAUGACAAUCUUUUAUCAUGUUCAUUUCAUCAACGAAGUUUUGCGAUUCUUCAAUCCACCAAAGCAACAUAUGAAUACAAUAGGUGCAAUAAUUAACGCUGCAGAGGCAACUGUUGAAGGAUGGACUUCUCAAACAAGAAUGGGUUUGGAAGCUUUGUUGGAAGAGCAUAGAACGGUCAAUAUUAAUUUGGACCUCCAAGCUCCAUUGAUUAUCUUACCACUUGAUCCACACAGUUGGGAUACCCCUUGUGCAGUUAUAGAUGCUGGUCAUAUAACUCUUUUAAGUGAUUUAGUUUCUAAAGAUAAGAUAAAAGUUAUUAAGGAAAUGUCUAUAGAAGAAUACGACAAAAUUGACGGGUCUGAGAUUAAUAGAUUAAUGUUUGAUAGAUUUCAAUUAUGUUCACAAGAUACUCAAAUUUUGAUUGGACCUGAUGUCAGAAGUACCCUUUCAAGUCUCUCAAAAGAAGAUCCAGAUGACAGAUUUAGCAUUUUAGAUAAAAUGAGAUUGGAACUUUCGGUAGAUAUAUCAAUCUUGCCAAGGGCAUAUAAUUUGCCUCGUAUUAGGACAUUUGGUAGACUUCCUACGCUAAAUUUAUCGUUGAAUGACUAUCAAUACAAUAUUAUAAUGCAGCUUAUAGCCAAAUGUAUACCAUCUGGUGUCAAUAUUGAUGAUAAUGAUGAGUUUAGUAACUUUUUUAAUUCAGCUGAAACUGAUGAAAAGAGGAAGUAUGAGUUACAAUUGACUGAAACAUUCCGUAUGUUAAAAGGUAUGAGUGAUGCAGAAAUUGAUCAAAAAUUCAUGGAUAUUUGUUUUGAUAUCGAAUCUAUUAAUAUGUCCGUUUACCAAUGCACCGACAAUGCAACUAUGAACGGAAGAAAAUUGAUCGAAAUUUUGGGUAAUCAAUUAAAAUUCAAUUUUAUAAAGAAGGCAAAAGAAAUGACGUUUGAUAUCAGUAUGCAUUCCCUCGAUGUAAUUGAUUAUAUUAUUAAGUCUGGAGAAGGAGAACUCAAACGUUUAAUUUCUUCUGAAGGAAUUUCAGCUGCAGAAGAUAAACAUUUGUUUAGCUUAUAUUACGUAAGGCAACAGAGAAUUGUAGAGCAUGAAAAUAUUCUAAUUGAAAUCUUUGAUCAGGAUGUUCGUAUCGAUAUGGCUAAGUUACACUUAGGUUUAACUCCAAAGUCUAUUUUAACGUUAUUUAAUUAUGCAAUUACAACAUUUACUGAUCCUACAGCCACAGAUAUGCCGGCAGAUGCUUUAAGACAUAAUAGUGAAGAUAGAGAGGAUGCUCCACAGAAAAUCAUUAUGCUUGUCAAAAUGGCUGGUGUUACGAUUGAUUUCAAUGAUGAUAGUUCAAAGUUAGCAACAUGGAUUUUGACAGCUGCGGAAUUUUCAUUAUUAAUGUUACCAGAGAAAAUGAAAUUUGGUUUAAAGUUAGGUGGAAUGGAAUUGAUCGAUGCCUCUGUACUAAAUGCAGAUGGUCAAGAGUUCAGCAGAUUAAUAUCGAUGGACGAUGAAGAAUUAGUAGAAUUUUCAUAUGAAACGUUUGACCCUACAGAAAAUAAGAACAACUACGAUUCAUUGCUUAUUUAUAAGGCCGCUUCGAUGCAUGUAACUUUUGUUGAAGAAUCUAUUAAUAAAAUAAUGAAUUACUUCUACAAGUUUUUGAGAAUGAAGAGUUUGUUUGAAAAGGCACGGGAGGUAGCAUACAAUCAGACGCCAUCAAUUGAUGCGGUCAAUAAUAUGAAAUUGAGUAUCAACGUUAAAAGUCCGUUGAUUACAUUUCCAAGAGAAUCUGAUUAUGAAAACGGUAAAUACGAUACUAUUGACUUUUACUUGGGUGAUUUCUAUGUUGAAAACCAUUUUACUCAGAUAGAAUUGGAUCACAAAGUGAAUCAUAUGAAACUAGGAAUAAAGGAAGGAAGUUUCUCUUCCAAAAUCUGGAUCCAUACUGGUGAAAUGCAAAAUUUCGACAUCGUUAAAGAUAUGGGUUUAACUUUUAAUAUUGAUCACGAUCCUAUAGCUUUAGAUACAGAUCCUAAGUUUAAAAUUGAUGGUAUAUUUGAUGCAUUGCGUGCUUCGUUAACUGAGAUUCAAUUGCAUUAUCUAUUUUCUAUUUGGGGCAGAAUAUUUUUAGCUUUCCAAGUCAAAGAAGUCGAUUUAAGUGAACUUGAUGAAGAAGUGGGUUAUGUAAAUGAAAUAGUAGAAAAUUCAAGUGACGACUCUGCCUCAAAUAGUAGAGCGCACUCCCCUGAAAAUCCCUCAGAUGUAGCAAAUGGAAAUGGAAUAUAUGUUGAUUUCACAUUUAGGGCGCCAGAGACAUCGUUAACCCUUUAUAACAAAACUGCAUCUUGCACAACUCUUAAGAAGUACGGGCUUACCAGGUUUAAAUUUGAAGACAUUGGAUUUAAUUUUAUUCUAAAAAACGAUGAUUCUUUAGAUGGCUCCUCUCAUAUUGACUCAUUUACAAUUGAAGAUAUUAGGAAUUUGAAGGAUAAUAAGCAUACUGAGUUGGUACCAAAGAUUUCUGGAUCAAAGUACCAGUUUACUUCGAAUAUUAAUCGUAAAUGUAUUGAUGGUGAUUUAUUUACUACCUUUUCGAUUACGAUUGAUAAUCCUCUAGUAAUUAUUGCAAUGGAUUAUUUGUUUGAGUUGAAGAAUUUCUAUGAUAAUUCCUUUGGUAUUCCAACCAAAGUUAUGAUACCUAAUACACCUGUUCCAUACACAACUGAACUUGAUAUGACGAAAACUUUUGACCAAUUAGAAACACAAAACAAGUUCCAAUAUAUUUUUAAUAUGGUCAAUCCUCAAGUAAUGUUAUUAGCGGAUCCAUCAGAUAUUGAAUCUGAAGCAGUAGUAUUUAAGGUUGGUCAGUUUCAAGUUGCAAGUCAAAAUAUUACAACUGUUAUGGCAAAUAAUGUAGGUGUAUUUUUAUCUAAAAUGAAUAGUCCUAAAGCAACUAAUGUGAGACUGUUAGACGAUUUUUCUUCGUCCAUUGUUAUUGACCAACGUAGUUCGACAGUUGAAAAGCUUUUGACUGAAAUCCAAGCUUCAGUCCAACCCUUAUUGAUGAGGAUUUCUUUAAGAGAUAUUAGACUGGCAAUGUUGAUUUUCAAUAGGGCAGUAUCUCUUCUAAGUAAAAGUGAAUACUUUUCUGGAAAUCCAAAUGAAAGAUCUAGUAACUCUAGUUCUGGUAGUAAUUCUAGUAAAGAGGAUAUUAAUUCAACUAAUACCGAAAUAAUAGAGAACACUUUUUCGAAUCCAAAUACAAAGAAUAAGAGCAGUGACUCAUUGACCAAGAGCACCACCGUUGCUACAAAUUAUGGAUCGAAUUCUAUUGUCACAGUACAAGCUGAAAAUUUAAAUAUUGAAAUGGGCGGUCUGCGUCUUGUUCUGAUUGGUGAUAUUCAUGAAAUGCCAAUUCUAGAUAUGAAUGUCAACGCCUUCGAAAUAACUGCAAAAGAUUGGUCGACUGAAUUAGAUGCAUUAGCUACACUGGAAACAUAUGUUAAUGUUUUUAACUAUUCAAGAUCGAGCUGGGAACCAUUGAUUGAACCAGUACCUAUUUCAUUCCACCUUUCAAAGGGGUUAGAUAAGGAUGCGGCAAUAAUGUUCGAUAUUAUUACAAGAAAGGUGGCCGAAAUAACUCUAUCUACAAGAUCUAUUUCUAUGCUUUCACAAAUUCCUAGCUCAUUGUCAGGUGAAUUAACCUUGAGACCUAGAGGUUCAGAAAAACCAUAUUUGCUACAUAACGACACAGGUUUAGAUUUGGAUGUUUGGAUAAUCACCGAAUCUGCAGAUGAAAAGAAGAAUUUGGUUACAUUAAAGAGCGGCACAUCUUUACCAUGGGAAUUUGAAGACUGGAGAACUGUUAGAGAAAAGUUGGAUAUCGACAAUAAAAGAAAUAUGCUAGGUAUAGCUAUUUCAGGUACUAGUUAUAAAACAAGAAUGAAAAUUGAUGCUACUUAUGAAGGGGAACUGAUGUUUGUCCUACAGCCUGCAUUUAACGAAAUUCACAAUAGAUUGAUAUGUGAUUUAAAAUGUAGCGAUGAUAAUAUUAAGGAAAUUACUUUUAGAUCUACCUUGACACUGGAAAAUUCCACUGAUACAGAAAUUCAAUUUGUGUUUGGUAGUGAAACUUCUGAAGAGACAGUUUAUACUAUAUUACCACUUGAAAUCAGAUCAAUACCUAUUGAAAAGGUAUAUUAUUCCAAGAUUCAUAUUAAACCAUCUGGAUCAGAAUUUGACUGGUCGGAACAAACUCUAUAUUGGAAAGACUUGUUGUCAGAUCCACUAUCGGUUCAAUGUUCCGCAGUUGGCGAAGAUGAUAGGAAAUUUUAUUUCGAAGUUAAUGCUAAAUAUGAUAAGAGGGAACCUUUAGCACAAAUUUUCCCUCGUAUGAAAAUAAUUAUUUCAUCCCCAUUAGUUAUUGAAAAUCUUCUUCCUUGUGGCUUCAAUUUUUCUUUGUUUGAUAAACGUGACGGAGGUAAUAGUUUCAAGUAUUUGGAAAAGAAUGGGAAAAUUACAAUACAUGAUGUAUCAUUAGAUAACUUUUUAUUAUUUUCUGUUCAGCCAUUAAUGGAUGAUGCAAUGGUGUCGAAGGCAUCUAUUAUUAACACACCAUCAGAAAGUGCUUUGACUCCAGAAAAUACGUUAACAUUAUCUCUCAAUGGUGGGCAAAGAUUAAAUCUAAAAAUUGCUUAUCACAGUGUAGAAGGUACAAGAGCUAAAAUUUUGAAAAUUUAUUCUCCAUAUAUCAUUUUCAAUGGAACUGGUAAGGAUUUAUAUAUUCAGGAUAACAACAAAAAUAUAACUCAGUCCAAGCUGAUAUCAAGUGAGGAAAGUGAUGGUGCUGAUGAUGAUGAACCAUAUACUACUGCAAAAAUGUUCUCGUUUACAGACUUAGGUUACAAAAAUAAUAGGGCCAAAAUAAGAUUCAAAGAUACCGAUUGGAGUAUUCCUUUAUCUUUUGACGCUAUUGGACAAUCAUUUGAUGGUAUAUUGAACAUACCAAAUAAGGAGCAAGAAUCGAAUGUCGGUAUACAUAUUGUCGAUGGUGAAGGUGAAUAUUCAUUGAGUAAACUCAUAGAGAUUGCACCAAGAUAUAUUGUACAUAACGACUUAGAAAUUCCAUUAGAAUUAUGUGAGUUUGGUUCAACAAAUAUAGUAGAAUUGGAACCCGAUGAUUCAAUCCCUAUGUAUAAAAUGAGGAAUAUCGUGAAUAAGCAAUUACAAAUCAAAUUUUUGGGUUCUAAAUCAGACUGGUCAGCUCCAUUUUAUAUUAAAGAUAUUGGCUUUACUUAUUUGAAAGUUCUGCAAGAAAAUUCAACGCAUAAGCUUCUAAAAGUUGAAAUUGUUUUGGAUAAAGCUACUAUUUUUAUAAGAAUUAAAGACGGUGGGAAUUGCUGGCCUUAUUCUAUUAGGAAUCUGAGUGAUCAUGAAUUUAUUUUCUAUCAAAGAGAUCCAAAAAUAAUUGAUGAUUAUUAUGAAACGGAAGAUGAUGAAGAAUCUGGUCUGGUAGAAUAUAAACCAUUAUACUAUCGUGUUCCUUCAAGCAGUAUUAUGCCUUACGCGUGGGACUAUCCUGCGGCAAGGCAGAAAAAGUUGAUCUUAUCUGCAAAGGGUAGGAAAAGAGAAAUUCAGUUAGCUGAAAUUGGUAAUUUGACUCCAAUGAGACUACCUGGUGCUCUCCCAACUGAUGCCUCUGAAUCUGUAGAGUUAAAUGUAAUUGCAGACGGUCCAACACAGGUAUUGGUGAUUACGAACUACAGUAGAGAAUCCAGUUUAUACAAAUUGAAAUCCAAGCAAUCGAUGUCAUCAAUCUCUGUCAAUAGUUCAAAAGAAGUUUUUGAAGCCAAGGAAACUGAUGAGAAAAUAUUUAGAAAGGUCGUAGUGAGUUUCAAAGGACUUGGUUUAUCGUUGAUUAAUGCGCAAUUGCAAGAAUUAUUAUAUGUUAACUUAAGAGGCAUUGAGUUGAAAUACACUGAAUCAGAUUUGUAUCAAACAUUCAGUUGGAAAAUGAAAUGGAUGCAAAUUGAUAACCAAUUAUUUGGUGCAAAUUUCCCUAAUGUUUUAUACCCAACUGCUAUUCCAGAUAAUAAAAACGAAAAUGAAAAUCAUCCAGUGUUGUACGGUUCUAUAUCUAAGGUUAAAGAUGACACUCAUGGUGUUGUUUAUUUCAAACAUUUGACAGUUCUAUUACAGGAAUUGUCCUUGCAAUUGGAUGAAGAUUUCUUAUUUUCCUUACUGGACUUCACAAAAUUCCCAGGUGCUGCAUGGAAUAAAGAUAGCCAAACUGUGACUUAUAAAGAUCAGGUUAGAUUACCAGAAUUUAAGGAAGUUCAGUUUUCGGAGGAUACCUAUUUUGAAUUGUUUCAUAUACAACCGACUAUGCUACAUUUAUCAUUUGUAAGAUCUGAGAGGUUGAAUUAUAUAGAAGAGGAAGAGAAGAAGAUGAUGGAAAAAAGAAGUACUCUACUAUUUUUAGUUAACAUAUUAACUAUGACAAUCGGUAAUGUCAAUGAUGCUCCAAUUAGAAUGAACUCUUUAUAUAUGGAUAACCUAAGAGUACCAGUAUCUACUUUGAUAAAUUCAAUCAAAACACAUUAUGGACAACAAUUUGUAUAUCAAUUGCACAAGAUAUUGGGUUCAGCUGAUUUCUUAGGUAAUCCUGUAGGUCUAUUUAAUACGAUUAGUUCAGGUGUGUGGGAUAUAUUCUACGAACCAUAUAAAGGUUAUAUGAUGAAUGAUAGGCCAGGAGAGAUUGGGAUUUAUUUGGCCAAAGGUGGUUUAAGCUUUGCUAAAAAAACUGUUUUUGGUCUAUCUGAUAGUAUGGCUAAAUUCACUGGAUCUGUUGCCAAGGGUCUGUCAGUAACACAAGAUUCAGAAUUUCAAGAAUCGCGUAGAUUGCAGCAACGAAUCAAUAAUAACAGUCGUAAUGUACUAGCCACAUCAGCUCAAUCUUUUGCUAAUACGAUAGGUAGCGGUAUAUCUGGUAUGGCCUUGGAUCCUUACAAAGGUGCACAAAAGGAAGGUGCAGCAGGGUUUAUCAAAGGAUUAGGUAAAGGUAUAUUUGGAUUACCAACGAAGACUGCUAUUGGUAUACUUGAUCUAACAAACAAUUUGAGUCAAGGAGUCAAAAGUACUACAACAGUUUUAGAUACCUCGAUCCCUUAUAGAGUACGUAUGGCACGCUACAUUGGACAUGAUCAAAUUAUUAAACCAUAUAAUCUCAGAGAAUCACAAGGACAAUAUUGGUUAAAGAGUUGUAACGGUGGUCUAUACAUGUCAGAUCAUUAUUUGACACACGUAGUACUUCCAGGAAGAGAAUUAGCAGUUGCGGUAUCUAUGGAACACAUAGUUGAAGUACGUAUUGCUAGUGAAGAAGCUAUGUGGGCAACAGCAUAUCAAGAGAUCCAAGGGAUUGUUCUUGAAAAGACAGGUAUCUAUAUAAAAUUGAAAUCACAGGCAGAAUAUUUUAUUCCAAUACAAGACCCGAUUGAAAGAAAACAUGUGUAUAAGAAUAUUGCAAUUGCAGUUACUGAAUACAACAAGUAUUGUGAAGCAACAUUAUGA